CCUCCCGGUGGUGUCUGCGGGCCCCGGUCCCGGCCGUGCUGCUCCGCCCGCCGCCCGUGCACGGGGCCCCGACCCGGGAGGGCCGAGCCCGCAGGGAGGAGCUGCAGCCCUCACCAGCUGCUCCAACACCCGCUGGAUACUCGGGGUUUUUUUCUCGCAACGGGCACCUUUUCCCCGAGGGGGACAGCCUCUUCUCCCUGGUUUAAUACUGCCGAAGGAAAGAGGAUGGAACCAGCAAAUACUGGCAAGGGAGCCGUGCUCAUUACUGGAGGAGGUGGUUAUUUUGGCUUCCGUUUAGGUUGUGCCAUACACCAGAAGGGAGUUGAUGUGAUUCUCUUUGAUGUCAUGAAGCCACUUCAAGCCAUGCCAGAGGGAAUGAAGUUCGUGCAAGGGGAUGUCUGCUGCCUGUCUGAAGUGGCAGAGGCACUUCCAGAUGUCAUCUGUGUAUUCCAUAUCGCUUCCUAUGGAAUGUCUGGCAGGGAGCAGCUGAACCGAAAACUUAUAGAAGAUGUUAAUGUGAAAGGAACAGAAAAUGUCAUCCAGGCCUGCAAGAGCACAGGAGUGUCGAGCCUGGUUUAUACAAGUACAUAUAAUGUGAUAUUUGGAGGCCAGAUUAUAGAAAAUGGGGAUGAAUCUCUGCCUUACCUACCUCUUCACCUUCAUCCAGAUCACUACUCCCGGACCAAGUCUUUAGCUGAAAUGAAGGUGUUGGAGGCAAAUGGUGCUGAGCUUGAAAAUGGGAAAGGUAUAUUAAGGACUUGUGCUCUCCGACCAGCAGGCAUCUAUGGGCCUGGAGAACAAAGACAUCUUCCAAGAAUAGUUAGUUACAUUGAAAGGGGGCUGUUUAAAUUUGUAUAUGGAGAUCCCCUUAGUUUAGUAGAAUUUGUCCAUGUUGACAACCUAGUUCAGGCUCAUAUCCUUGCGUCUGAGGCCCUCAAAGCCAGCAGAAAGCACAUAGCUGCAGGUCAAGCCUAUUUUAUUUCUGAUGGCAGGCCUGUCAAUAACUUUGAAUUUUUCCGACCGUUAGUGGAAGGUUUGGGUUACAAGUUCCCAACCUGUCGCCUUCCACUCUCCCUGGUCUAUUUCUUUGCAUUCCUUACUGAAGUAGUUCAUUUUCUUGUAGGUCACAUUUACAAUUUUCAGCCUCUUCUCACUCGCACAGAGGUUUACAAAACUGGUGUCACACAUUAUUUUAGUAUGGAGAAAGCCAGAAAGGAGCUGGGCUAUGAGCCUCAGCAGUAUAGCCUGAACGAAGUGGUUGAGUGGUUUAGAUCUCAGGGCUGUGGACCAAAGCCAAGGAAGUACACCAUCAUGCAUCUUGUGAGGGAUGGAGGUUUGCUCUUGCUGCUGAUUGCAGUGAUGGUCUCAUGGUUUCCAUCUGCAGUUACAUUUUCACUCUGAAAGGUGAAACACUUGAGUACAGAGCACGGAAUUUGGUUAUGUUGUCUGAGUACUCUUGGUUUUGACAGGUAACAGAAAAAAGACCCAAGAACAUACACCUGUGUCAUUAAGGUAAAUGUCUUCAACAGUUUUAUCCCCAAAGAAUGGAAAUGCUAAGUAAAAAGGUGUAAUUUUUAUACAUAUUUCCUCUUCAGAGUAAAAUUGAUCAGAUCACUAACAAGAUGAAACUUAGUAUUACUGCAAACUAUUUUAUUUUCAGGCACAACAGCACACUACAAUGAAUGGAACAAGUGUCCUUUGACUGACCCUUAUUCCUCCCUGCUGGGAUUAUAUUCUUGAUCCCUGUCCUUUAUUCCUAAAAAGUUUGUGCUUCAUGAUCCAGAGGGUAAUAAACUUUUUCUUUGAUCACAUUCCAAACUCAAAUUCAGCUUUCCAGCUUGGAUGUAUAUAUGCCUACCCAAGAUUAACUGAUAAACUGCUAGAUAAUAAAUAAAUGCCUUUUUUUAAUUAA